CACUACUAAUACACCACGCUUCUCAUUUUUUUCUCCUUGGUCGCAUCGCAUCUGCCCGCCUCCUCCCCAACUCCAAAGUCCAAGGCGCGUGGCGGCGGCGGCGAGGGGGAUGGCGCAUCCGGUGGCGGAGGCCGACGAGAAGAGCCCCUUCGGCAGCCUCACGCCGGAGGAGUUCUACGCGCGGCACGGCGUGGUGCACUCCUCCUCCACCUUCGUCAACCCGCGCGGGCUGCGCAUCUUCACCCAGCGCUGGGUUCCCGCCGGGGACGCGCCCCUCCUCGGGGCCAUCGCCGUCGUCCACGGCUUCACCGGGGAGUCCAGCUGGACGGUGCAGCUCACGGCCGUCCACUUCGCCAGGGCCGGGUUCGCCGUCGGCGCCGUCGACCACCAGGGGCACGGGUUCUCCGAGGGGCUCCAGGACCACAUCCCGGACAUCGUCCCCGUGCUCGAGGACUGCGAGGCCGCGUUCGCCCCCUUCCGCGCCGACUACCCGCCGCCGCUGCCGUGCUUCCUCUACGGGGAGUCGCUCGGCGGCGCCAUCGCGCUGCUGCUGCACCUGCGGGACAAGGAGCGGUGGCGCGACGGGGCGGUGCUCAACGGCGCCAUGUGCGGGGUCAGCCCCCGGUUCAUGCCCCCCUGGCCGCUCGAGCACCUCCUCUCGGUGGCGGCCGCCGUGGCGCCGACGUGGCGCCUCGCCUUCACCCGCGGGAACAUCCCCGACCGGUCCUUCAAGGUGCCGUGGAAGCGCGCGCUGGCGGUGGCGGCGCCGCACCGCACCACGGCCCCGCCCCGCGCCGCCACGGCGCAGGAGCUGCUCCGCGUCUGCCGCGAGCUCCAGUCCCGGUUCGAGGAGGUGGAGCUCCCGCUCCUGGUCGUCCACGGCGGCGACGACACCGUCUGCGACCCCGGCUGCGCGGAGGAGCUGCACCGCCGCGCCGGGAGCAAGGACAAGACGCUGCACGUGUACCCCGGCAUGUGGCACCAGCUGGUCGGCGAGCCCGACGAGAACGUCGAGAAGGUGUUCGGCGACGUCCUCGACUGGCUCAAGUCCCACGCCGCCGCCGCCGCCGCCGCCGAGUAGCAGCACAAUUGGUGGUUCGUUCACGCGUACAGUGUGUGGGUUGGGUUGGGUGGUGGCGUGUGAUCCAUGAGAUCAUCCAUGGCGGAUUUGAUUCGAGAAAAGUACGGACGCAAUAAACGUUGUGGAGUGGUGAAACGAACGAGAUCUGAGGUCCCCGGUGUAUCUCCCCCAUCUCUCUCUCUGUAAAGUGGCCGUUGUCCAUGUCCCUCCCUCUCGGAUUAGCCAUGAAAUGAACGAGAAAAAAAAUUGUUUGUGAUGUUUCUA